CGGGAUGUUCCGUCAACCAAAUGAAUGUCACCUCGUGUUGUGUUUGGGAACCUGAGAGAUCAUCGAUCACUGUCCGGUUGCUUCUUUUAUUAGAAUAUCAGCACUUUAUUAAUCAAUAACUUCCACAGAGGCUGCUUUAAAAACCUCUCCGACAUAUCUACCGCUCGCGGCUCUCUUCAUACAGCAGCUAACUGUCGCUUAGCAACACCGUUUUACUGCUUGUGUCCGUUAGCUCGCCUCGUCGAGAGGUCCGAAGGUUAAAAUCAAACGUCUGAAGCCUACUACGGAAGCUCGCGCGGUCAAAGCUAAGCUAACGGGACGAGCAAACCGGAGCAAACGGUCACAAAACAACAACACAGUUUGCUUGUUUGUUUGUUUUCAGAACUGUUUAUCGUCAACAGCAGCAGUCCAACAGUUCACGGUCCGUUAGUCUAGCUACUUUUCUCCGGCUAACGGUCAACGGUCGGCUAACUGCCGGCUAACGGUCAACGGUCGGCUAACUGUUCCUGUGUUCGCCUGUUGAUAACGGUUCAGCCGCAUACAGCUAACGUUACGGCGAUGACAGUUACGUUUAGGCACCAAAACGACUAGUCAAGUUUAGGAAUAAAUAUCGUGGUUUGGAUUAAAACACCCCUGUGUUUCUUGGGUGAAAGCAUUAAAAUUAUAUAAUUAUGUUAGUCUAGAUUUUGAUUAACUUCCGGCCGUAGCUGUAUCCCUUUUUAUUUUUCCAUAGCUGUAUCCAACCCUCCGUGUGUGUCAGCUGUGAUGUGUAAAACGGUUUAAAGACGUUAUAAGCUGUCCGUGUGAACGGUUAGAAAGAUGUCCGACAGCGGGUUUAGCUGGACGGUGGUGGUCCUGACCUGCCAACACAAAGACAGCGUCUACUCCUUCCAGAGAGAGCUGGAGUUGCGGCAGCAGCGUGGUUCUCUCUCUCGGGGUGCGUUGGUUUUGACAGUGCGGGACCGCCAGGAGCCGCUGGGCAGCGGGGGGGCGACGCUGAACGCCCUGCUGGUCGCCGCUGAACACCUGAGCAGCCGAGCGGGACACACGGUGGUGACAGCUGACGUCCUGGAUGAAGCUCACAUCCUCAUCCUCCACACGGGCCGGGACUUCCCCUGGAGCUCCUGUAGCCGGGCGUUCUGCUGGCUGCCCUCAGAGAGACCUGCUGAGCAGCAGGUCCAGGCUCCGCUCUGCGUCCUGGACCUGCUGCUGGACCGCCUCGCCACCCACAUCUGUCCCGGCUCCCCCCCCGGGGUCUGGGUCUGCAGCACCGACGCCAUCCUGCACAUCCCUACGGACCUCGUUUUGUCCUGGGACGGUUUCUCUGGAGUUCGGGUUUUGGCGUUGCCGGGCAACGUCUCCUAUGCAGCCAAUCACGGAGUCUACCUGUCCGACCAACAGGGUCAGGUCAGGGACAUCAUCUACAAGGGAUCAAAGGAGCAGAUUCAACAGGCUGUGAUGCAUGAUGGGAAAGUGCCACUGGUGUCUGGUCCUGUCUUCUUCAGCAGUUCUGUCUCAGAGAAGCUGCUGCAGACUCACGUCACUCCUCCGCUGGACGGAUGCACCUACCUGGGCCUGGACUCUGGAGCCCCACCCAUCCAGGUGUCUCUGUUCCUGGACCUGUUGAAGUGUCUCUGCUCAGAUCUGACCCAGGAUCAGUUUGUGAGCGAGGAGCGAGCUGGCUGUAGUUCAGCUGUUGGACCACAGGGGGCGACGGUGAGGAGCAGCCGGGCAGAGCUGUGGAGGAUCCUCAGAGGAACUCCUCUCAGUCUGGUUUACGUCCCCGGCGGUCGCUACGACUACCUGACUCUGUCCGGGAAACAUCACGUGGAGCGGCUGAGCUGCGAUUGGAUGAACAGAAACACGCUGUCUCACAUCCAGAGAGAGAGCGAGGUGGGCGAGGGAGGGCGAGUCAUCAACAGCGUGCUGGAGGGAGACGUCGCCGUGGCGACCGGGGCAGUGGUGCAACACUGCCACCUGCAGGGUCCUCUGGACGUCCCGUCAGGUUGUUUACUGUCCGGUCUCGGGCCGAUGACAUCACAGUGUGUCAGGACACUGCAGCUGGCCAAUGACAUCAUCAUCCAGGGACAUCGGAUCGAGCUGGGGGAACUGAAACUGAACGUCUUCACGGUGACAGGAGCACUCGACCCCCUGGAGGUCUCCUCUGAUGACGUCAGCUCCUCCUUCCUGAACCAGAGAUGGAGUCUCUUCUUCAGCAGAACAGGAAUCCAGCCGGAGGAGUUGUGGGCGCGAGGAGAGCAGCGCUCCCUGCUGACUGCCCGUAUCUUCCCGGUCCUCCACCCGCGAGGAGGCGCUGUGGGUCUGCAGGGCGGCGUGGGCUGGCUGCUGGGCGGUGCGGGCUGUCUGCGACGGUGGAGGGAGGCGUGGCGGCUCUCUCUGAAGGAAGUGAUGUCACUCACCUGCCAGGAGGCGGAGCUCCAGUGGAGGGAGGAGUUACUGUUUCUGGCGGGGAGGAGGAGAGCCACGGACGCUCUGACGAGUCGCACCGACGUCUGCCUGCUGCCUUGCUUCAGGGCGGCCGUGAUGGGGGAACAGCAGGGGGCGCUGCUGCACACGCUCGACACCAUUGCAGCAGGAAGCAGUACGCCGGGGGCGGAGUCGGGGGCGGAGCUGGGCGUGGCCGCUCGCUGCCUCUCCUGCAUCGCUGACGUGUUGGUGUGCAUGGCGGGCGGGAGGGGAGGCCUGAGGAGCGGGCCGGCUGCCAACGAAGCCUGGAGGUCAGCCUACUCCCUGUUGGAGGAGGGAAACCUGAGGGGCGGAGUCAGAGCGCUGGCCGCACAGAGAGAUCAUUGGCUGAGCAGGCCGGACCUGCUGGUUCGUGCGGCGCGUCACUACGAGGGCGCCGGACAGGUGCUCCUACGACAAGCCGUGAUGUCAUCGCAGCGGUUCAUCUCCAUUGGCCAGGGGGAGGUCCCGCCCCUCGAGGAGUGGCAGGAAGUGGAGUGUCCAGCCAGACUGGACCUGGCAGGGGGCUGGAGCGACACGCCGCCCAUCGCCUUCGAGCACGGCGGCUCUGUGACCAACGUCGCGGUGAAGGUCGAUGGGAAGCGUCCUAUUGGAGCCCGAGCCCGUCGCAUCAGAGAGCCCCGCCUCCUGCUGGUCAGCUACGCUGGCGGGCGGGACAGCGGGGUUUCCACGGAGACGGUGUGCGACAGCCUGGACGACCUGAAGGACUACUGUCAGCCGCACGCACCAGGAGCCCUGCUGAAGGCGGUGUGUGUGUGCAGUGGUCUGGUGUCUCUCUCCUCCCAGCAUGCUCUGGGUGAUCAGCUGAUGCAGCGGUGGGGGGGAGGUGUGGAGCUCCACAGCUGGUCGCUGCUGCCUACCGGGUCUGGACUCGGUACCAGCAGCAUCCUGGCAGGGGCGCUGUUGGCUGCGGUCUACAGGUGUACGGGUCGAACCUACGACACGGACGCCCUGAUCCAUGGCGUCCUGUACCUGGAGCAGAUCCUCACCACAGGUGGGGGCUGGCAGGACCAGGUGGGGGGGCUGGUGGGCGGAGUCAAGGUGGCUCGCUCCAGAGCGUGUCUGCCGCUGCAGGUGGAAGUGGAACGUCUCAGCCCUCCGGACCACUUCCUGCUUUCUCUAGAGGAGCACCUCCUGCUGGUUUACACGGGCAAGACUCGCCUGGCCCGCAAUCUGCUGCAGGAUGUGGUCCGUAGCUGGUACAGCCGCCUGCCCGCCAUGGUCCACAACGCCCAGCAGCUGGUGGCCAACUCAGAGGAAUGUGCCUGGGCCUGUUCCCACGGCUGUCUGUCGGCGCUGGGCGUGUGUCUGGAGCGCUCGUGGCGGCAGAAGAAGCUGAUGGCGCCUGGCUGCGAGCCGGCCGCCGUGAGGGCCAUGAUGGAGGCUCUGCGGCCGCUGGUGCUGGGUCAGAGUCUGGCCGGGGCCGGAGGGGGGGGCUUCCUCUACCUGCUGACCCGGGAGCCUCGCCAGCGGCUCGCCGUGCUGCACGUCCUCAACAACACACCGGGUCUGGGAGACUUCAGCGUUCACUCAGUGGAGCUGGACAUGGACGGGAUUACAGUCCUACGUCCUGCACACGGAUGUCAGAGGCUGCUGUGAUGAACCAUACAAAGACCAGAGAGAAUUCAGAAAGGGGAAUGUAAAGAGAUCUUGGAAUAACUUACAAAUGUUGGUCCUUAAACAAGAAACGUUUGUCAAAUGUUUGGGAUGAUUAAGAUCAUUUGAGAACAUGUAAUUAUGUGUAAUAUAUAGGACUGUCAGCGUUUUACAAUUUCUUUAUUGACAUUUUUAUAAAAGAAGUGAUAACACAAGGCUGUAACAAAAGACCAUGUCAUUUAAAAAGUUUUUAACCCCCCAAACCCAACCCUGCAUGGCUCAGGAAAGGAAAUAAAGACAGAGAUAUAACUCAACACACAAACAAUAGUAAUAAUUAUAAGUAAUGACAGUAUAUAUAUCUGAUAGUAACAAUGAUAAUGCUGAUACAAGGUAAGAAAAAAAAGACAGAU